AUCGCAACAAAAUGUGUUAGUAUUUUUACAAACAUGUUUUUCGUAAAAAAUUGUAUAGACAUUGCACAUAUAGUUAAUUUAUUUAUUCACUAUUUAAAUACUGGCAACAUUUUUGAUAUCCAACUACUGCCAGAUAUUUUGGAAAUUUUUUAGAGAAGGCAUGUCUCCACGACUUCUUUGACAUUUGUCAUUUUUACUGGUUGUAGUUUUAUCGAUUAAUUCAUUAACAAUCAACAACACAAUCAAAGAAAAGUUUUGCAGCUGAAGUAAAUCAACGGAAAAACGCGAAAAUAUAUACUCAGGAUUUUGGCUUAUGUCAGCAAAUACAUUUUAUUAUUUUUCCAAAAUAAUAUAUCUUAACGAUCGCUGGAAAGAUUGCAACAAGCUGAAGAUAGUUAAUGUAUAAGACCUUGAAAAUGGUUUCAGCGUCAGAUGUAGCCACAUAUUAUUGGAGUGAUUCACGGUUUACGACCAUUGCGAAAGUCCAGAAUUCUUUAGCUACAUUUCAAUGCGCAAUUGAAAACUUUUGAAGUUUUAAAUGAUUUCCACAUAUUGAGUAAGAAAUAACUCAAUCUGUUUAAAUUUUAGUCUUUAGAAGGGUCUCAAUACAAAAUACGUAUUUAGCACGUAUUUAGCAGUGAUGCCCUGCGAGUCGUGUCACGUACAAUUUACGGUGUUCCGUCGUAAACGAAUAUGUGCGGAUUGCAAGCGAUUUUACUGCAGUAAUUGCUUAUCGACGGCCAAACGUCGGACCAGCAACAAUGUACAGAUUUCUUCGGGAGUGCAGUUGUGCAGACGAUGUGUUAUUUUCGCUAAGCGACCUCUCCUCCGCACGGAUUUGUUACAGCUAAAGCCCAAGGAUCUGAUUUUUUAUCUGCAAUCGAAACAUGUUUCAACAACUGGUUGUGUUGAAAAGGACGAGUUGGUAGGGUUGGUGCUGACGCAUGUACAACAAAUUGAUGCAGCCGCCGGUGCUUCGGAAAAUGGUAGUUCUCGUAGCUACUCCGACGCAUCAGCAAAUUCAUUUGACAGUUUGAAACAGACGUGCCAAAACUUUUUUACAAGUAUUACUGAAAACAUAAAUGAUUCUCUAAAUUCCUUUGAUAAUAAAGGUUCACCGAAAGGAUCAGGUGAUACAAGAGAUCGAACGCGAUCGGAACGAAGUUCAACUGACAGUACAACGACACACAUUUUUGAUCAACCAAGAGUUUCAACCAGAGAAAUUCCCACUUACGCUAGUUUUCAGCAACAAUCUUAUAAUAACCCUAACACGGAACAAUCAACAAUAACAACAUCAUCACCAUUACUCACUAUUCCACUAUCAACAGUGACAACAAAUGCGUCACAUAUAUCACCAACGUUGGUGACUAGCAGCUCUUCUUCGGUAACCACCAAGGGUAGUAGUCAAUCUUCUGUAAGCCCUGAAAUUAGUAUAAGCUCAAUUGAUCGUGGUGAGACGGAAGAGCAUCCACUUGCCUCAACUUCAAACAGCCAACGUGCUGGAUUGACUCGUCAGGAAGCUGGUGAAGAAAAUUCUGAUUGUGAAUGCUCAGAUGAUGAGCUAAUGGCCACAUUUGGUGGUCUUUCAUUGGCGCGUAAUAACGAAGUGGAGUUAUCAAAAAAGGAUUCACAUAAAAAUACUGAACCAGAUGAAAACGUUGGUACCAAAUCAAGGACCAGUGCUGACAUAAAUUGUGCUGAGAUGUCUUCGCAAUCGUCGUUUGAAGAGCUGGGAGCAAUUGGCGGUAUAUCAGAUGAGAGUAAAGCAACCACUGACACUAACAGUAGUAACAUGGAGCAAUGGCAAAUCCUUGAAACUACCAUGUUGCAAACUGCCGAAAAUCCCGUUGUCGAACAAUCCACAUUGUUGGCUUGCAAUAUCACUGACACCCCAUCGACCAGUAAUAUUGAUAAUAAUGAUGCAAUAACAACGAAUAUGCCAAAUGAUUUACAAGUGGCAUUACCAUUUUUGCAGCAGGACCAGGCACAAUCCCUUGUACCAUUGGUGCCACAACGCGUAAAGAAAGUAACCCGUCGCCGUUCAGAUAGCUAUCUGAAUAGACAACGUCAACAGCACACUAGCGAGGACGAUUCUCCAACUGAUAACUUUGCACUUAAUGCGGAUAUGACUUUGCAUGAACACGAUGCUGAGUUAGGUAAUAAUGCACUUGAGACUGAUGAAGAUAAAAAAGUUGCCGCUACCAAACGUGCGGGUAGUUGCCAAAGAUGUGGAAAACACAAGGCAACGUUGCGUAAACAAGUAGAAAAGAUGCGUCGUCAUCUGGAAAGUGCUCAACUAUCGGAAGCAGAUAUAAAAAAAGAGCUUCAAGAUUUUCUCAGUUACCUCGAACAGCGCAGUAAGUCGAUGGAGUGUUCAGAUACAGAAACGAUGGGAUCGUCGUUGAGUGGUAGAAAUUUAGCGCAAUCGCCAGAGCAUCGGCAAUCGCAAGCACAACAACCCAAUUUCUGGGACGGCGCUGGUAUGCCUCACUGGGAAUAUCAGCUUGACGAUAAUGAGGGCAUUCAUGUAUAUGCUGGUCCCACUUCAGAGCCGAACGAUUUUAAUGCUCAAUCGGCACGUUUUAUAAAUCUGGACGACUUCGAAAAUGUUGAUGACCUCGAAGCCUUAUCAGUGAAACAACUAAAAGAGAUUUUGAUGUUAAAUCGAGUUGACUAUAAAGGUUGUUGCGAGAAGCAAGAACUGCUUGAUCGUGUUCAACGUCUAUGGAAGAACUUAAAAUCGAUGCCAGCUGUCGACAAGUUGCCUACCGAUGAGCUUUGCAAGAUAUGUAUGGACGCACCAAUCGAAUGUGUCAUACUUGAAUGUGGGCACAUGGCCACUUGCACAAAUUGUGGUAAAGUGCUUAGCGAAUGCCCUAUUUGUCGUCAAUAUAUUGUGCGUGUGGUUCGCUUCUUUCGUGCGUAAUUGUCUUGCGGACCAUACAAAUUGGAAUAAGAGGUUUUGUGAUGGUGUUAAAAAUACUAUCUUUUUACUAUAGUCUCUAAUCUACACCACGUACAUAGAUGAUGUUAUGUUAAUUUAAUUGCAUACAUUUUAAGUAGCCUUGGGUAAAUUCAAUCUACUAAUUGUAGUAAUUUGUGAAUAUAUUAAUAACAAACACGGAAGUAAAGGAGUACAUUCCAACCCCAUCGGAUUAGAAUUCUGAAUCCCCAAACGUAUGCUCCAAAAAUAUUCCCUCUUCCAAAUCUCUUUAAUUGAUGAAAUAGCGUUUUAAGUAUAAAAAUAUGUUGAGUUGUACCUUUUUUUUUGUAAUGAUUGUGUUUUUUUUUUAAUAGAAAUCUUAUAAAAUUUUACUUAAUUCAAUUCAUCUGAUCAUUUUUUUAUAGUUUUGUGUUAAGCUUUCAAAACUUGAAUGUAAAACUCUUGUUGUUUUCUUUAUUAACUACUUCUUGAGUAUAAGGAGGAAGAUAUAUCUAACCCAUAAGUGCAGUCCAAAAUAAAAUAUCGAGUCUUACCAUUGAAUGGCGGUGCACUCGUUGUGAUGUCAAAUACUACGUACUAAUACUUACAAAUAUCCUAUAUCUAUAUAGAUUUUAGUUAGUAUGUAAAAUGUAGUCAGUCAGCAUCUUGUAAACAUAACUUUUCUGCAACGUUUAUGUAUAAAUGUACAUAUACAUAUAUACAGAUUAUUCGAAAUUGUUAAAGUACAACGUUUUUUGUUUUUAUGUAAUUAAUAUUACUAAUUAAACACAUUCCCAAAGGGUCCAGUAUAUGCAAUAUAAAAACAGUACCAUGCAAUGCAAUAAAUAUUACUUAAAAAAAGCAAAAACAAAUGUACAUGUAGAUAUCUUAUUGUAAAGGUAAUAUAAUAUGAGAAAUACGUAGAUACAUACAAUAAAUACAUAUAACUGGAUUAUAUUAUAACAAAGAUGUAUUGACAUUGUUAAGAUCGCACACAGUUGUGAUGAAACCUCUAGUAAUCGUCAUCAUAUCCCAUAUCGAGAUUGAUAGAAACAUUAUCAACAUAUUUGUUAUGAGUAACUCUACCAUUCUUGUCCAAUAUGUAGUAAACCUAGCGCACAACUUAAUAGUAGUACCUUUUCGAAUUGUGAUAGUUUCCUGCUACUAUUGACUGAAGUUGAAACCCUAACCAAUGUUGUUAUUGUCAUUGCUGUCAAUUAUUGUUUGGCGGGCAUAGUUUGAUUAUUUUGUUCGAUCUGAAUUAAAUUGUGGAAAAGUGAAAAUGGCUUGUCAAGUAUUUAAUGCUUACGAAGGUUGCGUAGAAGAGAUGGCAAACCAGCGCCCAUCGCUACAAGACAUCGAUAUAGAGAUAUUUUCUGAGAAUUCACCCAAAGCGAGAUCUUUAAUUGAAAUUUCAGGUGCGUCUGAGUCGGGCAAGAGUGUGCUUCUGUGGCGCCUAAUGGCUCGUUGUCUUACACCAACCUAUUUUGGGGGUCGGAAUUGUGAUUUAAUUUUUAUUGAUUUAAGACAUAAAUUUGAUGCUGAAAUCUUUGAAGAGCAAAUUAUACGUUUGGUUGCUGCCUCUGGUGAACAGCAUACUACAGCUGAAUUACGGGUGAUGGUUGAGAAAUGUUUUGAUUCUCUACAUUUAUUAAACUGCUAUAAUUCAAAACAUUUUAAAGCAGCUUUAGAAAUAGUUGAUGGGCUUCUCGUGAAGCAUUCAGAUUGCUCACUGGUUGUCAUUGAUGGUUUAGAUGCUUUCUAUUGGUUGGACACUUAUGAGCGUAGAAUUCGUAUGCAAACACACUAUGUGCGUAAUGUAGAACGUCUUCGCAGGUUAUGCGACCGUCAUGGUGUUUGCUGCGCCUACACUAUUAAUACGAACUAUUUGGGCGCAAAGAAAUUAAAGGGUGUUGAUGAUAUUUUUGGGCGAACAUCCAUGCAGACAAGUGUAAAAGUUGAAUACAAAUUGCAACUGCAACUUGCUAGCAAUGGUGAACGUACAAUUAAUGGAAUGGCAGUAGAGAUAAGAGACAAUUCCUUCUAUGUUGUUGAGAAGCAGUAAUCAAUUAUAAAAAAAUAAUAACAAAUAAUUGUCAGAAACAAAGAGAUGCCAUGUUAAAAUUAAAAGUUGUAAAACUUGAACAAGAAGAAAUUCCUCAAUUGAGACUAUACGGAAACUAACUCUACUAUAAUCCACUUACGUUGAGUUUAUAUUUAUAUAAAAUAUGUUUAAAUUUUUUAAUGUAAAAAUAUUAAUAAAAGUUUCUUGCCAUACUAUAUUAAAUAAAGUUUGAUAACUGAUUAAUACAAAAGGUACUAUUUUGUGAAGUAUUACACACCGUUGCGAUUUUGUUUUAGUUACUUAUUCAAUGCAACCAUGUGUUUGUUUAUCCCAUGAGCAUUGCAAGCUCUGACAACAACAUGCGAGUAUGUCAACUGUCAUAUUUUCUACACGUGCCGUUUUUCCUUUAAUAUUUUAGCUGGGAAAUAAUUUAUUUAUUUGUUUCAUAAUUUGUGCAUAAAAAAUGGCAAAGAAACAAGUUAAACGAAAAGCAGCAGAUUUUGUUGACAAGAAAAAAUUAAAAGAUUCAGAGAUAAAGACUGCGGAUGACGAUGAGGAAGAGCAAGACUUACAAGAGGAUUUGCUGCAGAAAAUAUCAAAUGAAGACAACGAUAGUUCUGACGAUGAAGGAACAGAACAAAUUUACCAAUCUGAUGACAGCGACGAGUUGGAAUUUGAAAGCGACGAAGAAGGUAAUUACGCUUCUAAAUGGGAUGAAGGUGUCGAAUCUGAAAACAGUGAUGAUGAGGAAGCAGAGUCAGAGGAUGAAGAUGAAAUCAACGAGUCGGAUAUUGAAGAUAUUUCUGAUGAAGGAGAUUAUGAAAGCGAUGAAGUUUCUACAGAAGAAACCCUUUUAAAAGAGCGCGAUUUACAAAAAAACAAAAAAUCAGAUGGAAAUAGUAAAAAAAAUGGGUUAGAAGCCAGUACAUCCGCAAGUGCAAAAAAAGAGCUUGAGAUGCAAAAAGUUAAAACAAAUGAAGCCUUAAAUGAUUUUAAAGAAGAGCUUAAAGAUUCGAAUAAUGCGUUGGUUAUACCAGCUAAAAAGGAGGAAUAUGAAGACUCUGAUACCUCGGAUGAGGAAGAUAUACGAAACACCGUUGGAAAUAUUCCGAUGCAUUGGUAUGACGAAUACAAACAUAUUGGUUAUGAUUGGGAUGCGAAGAAAAUUAUAAAACCAACAAAAGGAGAUCAAAUUGAUGACUUUUUGCGGAAAAUUGAGGAUCCAGAAUUCUGGCGUAGUGUAAAAGACCCUCAAACUGGACAAGAAGUUGUACUAACUGAUGCGGACAUCGAACUUAUCAAGCGAAUUAAUUCAGCCCGUGUACCCAAUCCAGAGCAUAAUGAAUACGAACCAUGGAUAGAAUGGUUCACAUCUGAGGUGGAACGAAUGCCGAUUAAAAAUGUGCCUGAUCACAAGCGUUCGUUUUUGCCAUCCUCAUCAGAGCGUAAGAAGGUUUCGCGUAUGAUACACGCUCUUAAAAUGGGUUGGAUGAAAACUAUGGAGGAGGUGGAACGUGAAAAGAAAGCAGCACGUGGACCUAAGUUUUAUAUGUUGUGGGAAACGGAUACAAGUCGCGAGCAAAUGCGUCGCAUACACGACCCGGUGUCAGCGCCCAAACGAGAUUUACCCGGUCAUGCAGAGUCUUACAAUCCACCACCAGAAUAUCUAUUUGAUGAGAGAGAACAGAAGGAAUGGUUAAAACUCAAAGAUGAACCAUACAAGCGUAAAUUACAUUUCAUGCCACAACAGUAUAAGUCACUACGUGAAGUGCCUGCAUAUCCACGUUUUAUACGAGAACGUUUCAUGCGUUGCUUGGAUCUUUAUUUGUGUCCUCGUGCUAGACGUACUAAGUUAAAUAUUGAUGCAGAAUAUUUGAUACCGAAAUUGCCUUCACCAAAAGAUUUACAACCCUUUCCCACAGUGGAGAGUUUGGUGUAUCGUGGGCAUACAGACUUGGUGCGCACCGUUAGUGUGGAACCCAAGGGAGAAUAUAUUGUUUCUGGAUCGGAUGAUAAAACUGUUAAAAUUUGGGAAAUUGCCACUGGCCGGUGCAUACGUACAAUAGAGACUGAUGAUGUUGUGCGUUGUGUUGCUUGGUGUCCAAAUGCUAAGUUGUCCAUUAUAGCAGUUGCUGCUGGUAAUCGGUUGCUCUUGAUUAAUCCAAAAGUUGGUGAUAAGUUGCUCAUAAAAAAAACUGACGAUCUGUUGGCUGAAGCACCACAAAUUGACACAAUGGAAAGUGAACGCAUCAAGACGGCGGUACAAUGGUCCGUGGCUGAAAAGGAAGAGCAAGAAAAGGGUGUUCGUUUAGUUAUCACACAUUUUAAGCCUAUCCAACAAGUGACAUGGCACGGACGUGGUGACUACGUUGCAACGGUUAUGCCUGAAGGUGCCAAUCGUUCAGCGCUUAUUCAUCAACUGUCUAAAAGACGUUCACAAAUACCAUUCUCCAAGAGUAAGGGUCUCAUACAAUGUGUAUUGUUCCAUCCCAUCAAACCAUGCUUCUUUGUAGCGACACAACACAAUGUGCGCAUUUACGAUUUAGUUAAACAAGAACUAAUCAAGAAAUUGCUGACAAACUCAAAAUGGAUUUCGGGUAUGUCCAUACAUCCCAAAGGCGAUAACUUGUUGGUAUCGACAUAUGAUAAAAAGAUGCUCUGGUUCGAUUUGGAUUUGUCAACCAAACCAUACCAAACUUUACGUCUACACAAGAAUGCUGUUCGCAACGUCGCUUUCCAUUUACGUUAUCCACUUUUCGCUUCCGCCAGUGACGAUCUAUCUGUUAUUGUGUCGCACGGUAUGGUUUACAAUGAUUUGCUGCAAAAUCCGUUGAUCGUGCCAGUGAAAAAGUUGCAGACUCACGAAGCACGUGAGGAAUUUGGUGUGUUAGAUGUUGCUUGGCAUCCAGUACAGCCAUGGGUAUUUUCUUCAGGUGCAGAUGCUACAAUUAGGCUUUACACGUAGUUAAAUGUAGUUUUUUUUUAUAUUUUAUUAUUGAAUUAUUGCAUACUUAAUGUAAGCAACAAUAUAAAAAAUAGUGAACAAAGCUAAAUAAAAAAAAAAAGCUAGAAUAACCUUCAAAAGUAAAAACGUUUCCAUUUAAGAACUUGAUUUUGAACGUUCAGUUUGUGUGGCUGCUAUAAGCCACAGUGAUCCGAUCUGAACAUUUUGUACGGAGAUUGUACAGUUGACUUUAUUAAUAAUAAACAUGCUAAAUUUCGUAAAAA